AUGAGACACUCAAAAAGAAGUUACUGUCCCGAUUGGGAUGAAAAAGAUUGGGAUUAUGGAAAAUGGAGGAGCAGCAGCGGCAGUCAUAAAAGAAAAAAGAGAUCGCAUAGCAGUGCCCGGGAGAACAAGCGCUGCAGAUACGAUUACUCUAAAACAUCUGAUAGCUAUUACCUGGAAAGCAGAUCCUUAAAUGAGAAAGAUUAUCAUAGUCGACGCUACAUUGAUGAAUACAGAAAUGACUACAGUCAAGGAUGUGAACCUGGACAUCGACAUAGAGAUUAUGAAAGCAGAUAUCAGAACCAUAGUAGCAAGUCCUCUUGUAGAAGUGGGAGAAGUAGUUAUAAAAGCAAACACAGAAUUCACGACAGCACUUCAUAUCAUCGUUCACAUGGGAAGAGUCACCGAAGGAAAAGAACCAGGAGUGUAGAGGAUGAUGAGGAGGGUCACCUGAUCUGUCAGAGUGGAGACGUACUAAGUGCAAGAUAUGAAAUUGUUGAUACUUUAGGUGAAGGAGCUUUUGGAAAAGUUGUGGAGUGCAUUGAUCAUAAAGCGGGAGGUAGACAUGUAGCAGUAAAAAUAGUUAAAAAUGUGGAUAGAUACUGUGAAGCAGCUCGCUCAGAAAUACAAGUUCUGGAACACUUAAAUACAACCGACCCUAGCAGUACAUUCCGCUGUGUCCAGAUGUUGGAGUGGUUUGAGCAUCAUGGUCAUGUCUGCAUUGUGUUUGAACUAUUGGGACUUAGUACUUACGACUUUAUUAAGGAAAAUGGUUUUCUGCCCUUUCGACUGGAUCAUAUCAGGAGGAUGGCAUACCAGAUAUGCAAGUCUGUGAACUUUUUACACAGUAAUAAAUUGACUCACACAGACUUAAAGCCUGAAAACAUCUUAUUUGUACAGUCUGACUACACAGAGGCAUAUAAUCCCAAAAUGAAACGUGAUGAACGUACUUUAAUAAAUCCAGAUAUUAAAGUUGUAGACUUUGGAAGUGCAACAUAUGAUGAUGAACAUCAUAGUACAUUGGUAUCUACAAGACAUUAUAGGGCACCUGAAGUUAUAUUAGCUUUAGGAUGGUCCCAGCCAUGUGAUGUCUGGAGUAUAGGAUGUAUUCUUAUUGAAUAUUACCUUGGGUUUACAGUAUUUCCAACACAUGAUAGUAAGGAACAUUUGGCAAUGAUGGAAAGGAUUCUUGGGCCUUUACCAAAACACAUGAUACAGAAAACCAGGAAACGUAAAUAUUUCCAUCAUGAUCGAUUAGACUGGGAUGAACAUAGUUCUGCUGGCAGAUAUGUUUCAAGGCGUUGUAAACCUCUGAAGGAAUUUAUGCUUUCUCAAGAUGCUGAACAUGAGCUUCUCUUUGACCUUAUUCAGAAAAUGUUGGAGUAUGAACCAGCUAAAAGGAUCACUCUUAAAGAAGCCUUAAAGCAUCCUUUCUUUUACCCCCUUAAAAAAGCUACAUAA